AUGGGGGACUGGAACUUCCUUGGGGGGAUUUUGGAGGAGGUGCAUAUCCAUUCUACUAUGGUAGGGAAGAUCUGGCUCACCAUCCUGUUCAUCUUCCGUAUGCUGGUCCUCGGGGUGGCAGCUGAGGAUGUGUGGAACGACGAGCAGGCGGACUUCAUAUGCAACACUGAGCAGCCUGGAUGCAGAAAUGUGUGCUACGACCACGCUUUUCCAAUCUCCCUCAUCCGCUACUGGGUGCUGCAGGUCAUUUUCGUGUCUUCUCCCUCACUGGUUUACAUGGGCCACGCUCUCUACAGGCUGCGGGCGCUGGAGAAGGCACGGCAGAAGAAGAAGGCUCUGCUGCGGAAGGAGCUGGAGUGGGUCGAUGUGGAGUUGGCAGAAGCCAGGAAGAGGAUUGAGCGGGAAAUGAAACAGCUUGAUCAGGGGAAGCUUAACAAAGCUCCUCUGAGGGGCUCUCUGCUGCGUACCUACGUGGCUCACGUCGUCACUCGCUCUGUGGUCGAGGUGGCCUUCAUGACAGGACAGUACCUCCUUUAUGGCUUUCACCUCUACCCGCUCUUCAAGUGUGAGCGGGAUCCGUGUCCCAAUGCCGUGGACUGUUAUGUUUCCAGACCGACAGAGAAAAGUGUCUUCAUGGUUUUCAUGCAAUGCAUUGCGGCAAUUUCCCUCUUCCUUAACAUCCUGGAGAUCACGCAUCUGGGUUACAAGAAGAUUAAAAAGAGCAUCUUGGAAUUCUACCCUCACUUGAGAGACGAGAAAGAUGAACUUGAUGACUUCUACGCCAACAAAUGUAAAAAAGAAUCUGUUGUGCAAAUGUGCACCGGUGUGCCCAGAAAGGCAACGAUUGCCUCUGCAUCCAGUCACUACAACCUCUUGAUGGAGAGGAUGCAAGGCACAAGCAUGUACCCGAACCUUAUCAAACCUUCAACCUUUCUACCUCCUCAGGGCGAGCUGGCCACUCAUCACAAUUUGGGUGAUUCCAGAAGCCCCCCACAUUGUAACUGCACCUUGACUACCAACAAGCCCUGCUCUCUGUGCUGCGACUCCCUGACUAAUCCAAAGCAGGAGGACUUUCUGCAUCUUCCCCCACUCAGUAAAGAGAAUAAUAAUGAAAGAGGGAGCCCUGACUCCCCAAAAUGCCCACAGAAGGCAGCGGACAAUUCCUCCUUCCCCACGCUGCCAGUAAGUGCGUCGAAGAGGCCGUGGAAGGCUCACAGCUCUUUCAAUUGCUCCACAGUGUUGGAGGGUAAAAGCUCAGACACAGAUUCAUACGAGGUGGCAAAAGCAAGCAAAGGACAUCCCUCGACUCAAACACAUUCGAAAUCAGAUGCCAAACAUCAAAGCCGGCCCUCCAGCCCAGAGUCACUGUCUGAAUCCAGCUCAGGAUCCAGGCACAACCCCAGACCCCCGUCCUCCAACUGCAAAACAUCAAUGGCAAGUAAUUCAAGCAGCAAACGAGCGGCAGACCUGCACAUCUAAAAUUCAAAUGCAAACUGCUUCCAAUCCGUGUUGAUUCGACCGUCAUAUCUACAUUUAACAGCACUCUAAGCUGCUUCCUGCCUGGUGAGAGUUGUAUGUUUGUGUUUUUGUUCUAAACUUUUAACAACUCAGUCUAAAUAAUAUGGCGUGGUUUAAAACCCUGUUGCAGUUUAUCUGACACGUAUAAUUGCUUUUGGUGACGAUACAAUAAUGACUUUGUAUAGUUUGUUUUAUAUAUUUUUUCAACUGUUUUUGACUAAUUGCAUGUAUUGCUACCCAAUUAGCAUAACAAUAAAUGUAAUAUAAGCAUUGACGAGAUUAGAUGGGCCUGCACUGGGUCAAAUAUAGACGUCUUAAACGGUGUUUUUCGUCUUAGUGGUACAUAUAUACACAUUGUAAAAAGUUCCAAUAUCAUUUCACUAUAAAGAGAAAUGUCAGUACAUCCUGGCUACUGCACUUGCUCUUUAGGCUGGCGACCGUUUCAUUUUCUCAGUACAUAAGUACACUUGUAAAAUGUAGCAUUUCAUGGUAGACUUAUGACUGUCCCAUAGUAAUGUCAUACUAAACAAAAACAUCCAGAUAUUUAGGGAGUAGAGAUGAGUUAGUCUGAAGUUUUAUUUAUUAUCUAUAUUAUAUAUUUUCAGGCAUUAGAAGAGGGAUUUGGUCAACACAUCAGUUUCCUGAGCAUAUCAAUAAGCAGCUAACAUAGCAGCACUAACCUCACCAACAACACUGUAGGAUUACUGUCCUGCUUCAUAGUUUAUUCUACAAUCAUCAGA